AUGGAAGCCACUCUCGGCAACUCUACACUCUCUGGCUUUCUCUGCUCCCCGCCAGAUUCAAAUGAGAUUCAACAAACUUUGCUUCCUCUCCACUCUGUCCGUAACCCAAACGAGGCCUCUAUAACGUGGCCUCUUCUGCUCGUGAAGGUGAGUUAUUUCCAAUGUGGAGGUUUGUCCCUCGGAAUCUGUAUCUCCCAUAAGCUCGCAGACGCAGCCUCCUUGUCAACGUUCAUACGGGCUUGGGCUGCGGUCGCUCGAGGAGAGAGUGGCACGGUGGGCAAACCUGAGUUCGCGGGGAUAAAAGUAUACCCACCAGCUAAUGACGACUUCAAAGUUGCUAAGAUACACACAAGUAAGAUAACAGGUGUGACUAAGAGAUUUGUUUUCAGCGGGUCAAAGAUAGAGGAGCUCAAGACCAAAGUCGCACAACCACGACCUACUCGGGUCCAGUGCGUCACUGCUCUUCUAUGGAGAUGUGUCUGUGCUGCAUCCAAGACUGCAACGUCUACGAGAGCACUGGUUCAACCUGCUAACUUGCGCACUAGGAUACCUUCUUUACUGUCGGAAAACCUAAUAGGAAAUGUCAUCCACUCUACCAUGAUUUUAAGUCGGAGAGGCGAGGAGAUCGAAAUUCAAAAAACUGUUAAGGAGUUACAGGAAAGGGCGGAGGAGUUGACCAGUCUUGUUCAAGAAAAUAAUGGGUCCCCCACGGAGCUCGGUUCUAAAUCGUUAGGUAAAAUGUUUGAUGAUUGCUCCAAGUUAAGCAACGAGCCUGGCAACUUGAUGUACGCGGUGACUAGCUGGUGCAAGAUGCCGUUUUAUGAGGCUAAUUUUGGAAACGGAUCUCCUGUUUGGGUCGUAGGAAAUGUGGCUCCUGGCCUUGACUUGUUGACGAUGCUGUUUGAUUCCAACGACUUUAAAGGGAUCGAAGCGUGGGUGACACUUUCUGAAGAAGACAUGCUUUCAUUCGAACAAAACCCAGAACUGCUGGCCUUUGCUUCUCCCAAUCCUGCUGUCAUUUUCUAG